AUGAAUGAUGAUGAUGUAAGAACUGUAUAAUUGACUGAAAUAAGUACUACACUCUCUGCAUAAAAACCUAGAAAAGAUGCUUUCAAUAAUCCUAUUUUAAAGGGCAAUAGUUCCCAUAAAGUUAUUUUUAAAGACUAAGCCAAUAAUGGCCCAUUAUUCCAAAUUCAUAUUGUAGAAAAUUUCAAAGAAUACAAUUUAGAAGAACCACAAACACACAAAAAAACUCAAAUUUGUGAUUGCACUAUUAUUUGA